GUUCGGUAGUUUCUACCGGACUUCCAGAAGAUGGGUACAGGUGGUGGGACACGAAUACCACUAUGGAUAUCAAUACUAGCACUUGCCUUCAUAGAGAUCAAAGUUCAAGCUCAGGAUGAUGAACCACAAACAAAAUCAAACUAUGUUUCUCCAUCCACCCUGCAGCGACAAAAAGAUUUUCCACCAGCUUCAAAAUCCCAUGAAGUGACAAUCAUUCCACCUUUUCCAAACAUACUGAAAGUAAAGGCUGGCAACCCCUCUCACAAUGGCCGUGUGUGCAGCACAUGGGGUAACUUCCAUUUCAAGACGUUUGACGGGGACAUCUUUUACUUCCCUGGGGCCUGCAAUUACAUCUUUUCAUCCAACUGCAAGUCUCCCUAUGAGGACUUUAACAUCCAGAUUAGGCGUACAAUGGUGGAAAAUGCUACCAUGAUCACUCGCGUCAUCAUGAAACUGGAAGGAGCAGUGAUUGAACUGACCCGUGGCACUGUCCGGCUUGAUGGCAAAUCAGUUCAGAUGCCCUACAGCCAUAUGGGAGUCUUCAUAGAGAGAAGUAACAGCUAUUUGAAAGUUUCUGCCAAGUUAGGACUGACCUUCCUUUGGAAUGAAGAGGAUGCUCUCCUGGUGGAACUAGAUAAGAAAUAUGCAAAUCAAACUUGCGGACUUUGUGGGGACUUCAAUGGAAUUCCAAUUAGCAAUGAAUUUAUUUCAGAGAAGACAAAACUGACUCCCAUACAGUUUGGAAACAGGCAGAAGAUGGAUGGACCAACAGAGCAGUGUGCAGAUCCUGUUCUUCCUGCAGUUCCGGUGAACUGCUCAGCUGAAUUUGCUUCUAUCUGUGAAACAGUAUUAACCAGUAAAGCAUUUACAAGCUGUAAUGCACUUGUGAAUGUUCAGGAUUACAUUGAAACUUGCAUACAAGACCUAUGCCACUGCGAUACCUCUAUGGCUGACUUCUGCAUGUGCAACACCUUUGCUGAAUACUCCCGGCAGUGUGCUCAUGCAGGUGGUCAGCCUCUGAAUUGGAGAACCUCAGAACUGUGUCCCAAAUCAUGUCCUUUCAACAUGCAACACCACGAGUGUGGCUCCCCCUGCUCUGACACAUGCAGCAACCCGGAACGAUCUGCACUUUGUGAAGAUCAUUGUACAGAUGGCUGUGUCUGUCCUCCAGGAAUGGUAUUUGAUGACAUUAAUGGUGCUGGCUGUAUUCCCCGUAAAGAAUGCCACUGUACCUAUGAAGGUGAAACUUAUGCUCCUGGUGCCUCCUUCUCAUCUAAAUGCAGAUCAUGUACCUGUGUUGGAGGUGAAUGGUCUUGUGUGACCCAGUCAUGCCUCGGGACUUGCAGCAUUGAAGGAGGCUCCCACAUUUCAACAUUUGAUGAGAAAUAUUAUUCCUUCUUCGGAGACUGUAGCUACGUCCUAACCAAGCUCUGUGACAGCAAUGAAUUCACUGUUCUGGGAGAUAUCCACAAGUGUGGCCUGACUGAUACUGAGACAUGCCUCAAGGGUGUAGCCGUCAGCCUAAGUGGAGGACAAACUAACAUUGUGAUCCAGCCUUCUGGCAGUGUAUUUGUGAAUAUGAUCUACACACAGCUGCCAUUCUCUGCAGCAAAUGUCACCAUCUUCAGACCAUCAUCUUUCUUCAUCAUUCUGCAAACAACUUUUGGUCUUCAGCUACAGGUUCAACUUGUGCCUGUCAUGCAACUUUUUAUAGACUUAGACCCAUCACACAAAGGGCAGACCUGUGGUCUCUGUGGAAACUUCAAUGACAUGCAGACAGAUGAUUUCAAAACCACCAGUGGUGUAACAGAGGGUACUUCAGCUGCCUUUGGCAAUACUUGGAAAACUAGGGCUGAUUGUCCUAAUGUCAAAAACACCUUUGAGAACCCGUGUUCUGUCAGCAUACAAAAUGACCAGUAUGCUCAGCACUGGUGUGGAAUGCUCUCCGAUACCACAGGACCUUUUGCUGAAUGUCACUCAACAGUGAAUCCAGAAGUUUACCAGAAGAACUGCAUGUUUGACACAUGCAACUGUGAGAAGAGUGAGGACUGCAUGUGUGCUGCCCUUUCUAGCUAUGUCAGAGCCUGUGCCGCUAAAGGAGUUCUCCUCACUGGAUGGAGAAGCAAAGCUUGCACAAAAUACACCACCUUGUGUCCGAAAUCCUUGAAGUACACUUACAAUGUCAAUUCCUGCCAACCCACCUGCCGGUCUCUGAGUGAGCCUGAUGUCACAUGUAGUAUCAAGUUUGUUCCAGUUGAUGGCUGUACCUGCAUAAAUGGAACCUACAUGGAUGAAAGUGGCAAAUGUGUGCCUGCUGCUAGCUGCCCUUGUUACUACAAAGGAAUGCCUCUGUCUUCUGGAGAAGUUAUUCAUGAUAAUGGUGUUGUCUGCACUUGCACCUAUGGAAAGCUGAGCUGCAUUGGAGAGAAACCUGAACCAGUCUGCGUACCUCCCAUGGUCUACAUUGACUGUGGCAAUACCACUGCAGAUACGAUAGGAGCGGGAUGCCAGAAAAGCUGUCAGACUCUAGAUAUGGAAUGCUACAGAACCCAGUGUGUCUCUGGCUGUGUAUGUCCUCAUAACCAAGUGUCAGAUGGCAAAGGUGGCUGUAUAGCUCCGGAAGAUUGUCCAUGUGUUCACAAUGGGAAUUCCUACAGUCCAGGAGAAUCAAUCAGAGUUGGCUGUAACAACUGUACAUGUAGAAACAGAAAAUGGCACUGUUCCGAGGAACCUUGCCUGGAAACCUGUUCUGUUUACGGAGAUGGGCAUUACACCACCUUUGAUGGCAAACGCUUUGAUUUUGAAGGAGAUUGUGAAUAUGUUCUGGUCCAGAACUACUGUGGUCAACAAGGUAUGAAUCAGGGAACCUUCAGAGUCAUCACUGAGAACAUUCCAUGUGGCACUACAGGAACCACCUGCUCUAAAUCUAUUAAAGUUUUCUUGGGGAACUAUGAGUUGGUACUCAGUGAUGGACACUCUGAUGUCAUCCAGAGGACACCUGGAGGAAAAAUGCCAUUCCAAAUACGUUCCAUGGGCAUCUACCUGGUGGUUGACACUACUGUUGGCCUGAUACUCAUGUGGGACAAGAAAACCAGUAUAUUCAUCAAACUUAGUCCCAGCUUUCAGGGACAUGUCUGCGGACUUUGCGGAAACUAUGAUGGCAAUGGAAACAAUGACUUCACUACUCGCAGUCAGUCUGUGGUAGGAAAUGUGCUGGAGUUUGCCAAUAGCUGGAAAGUGUCUUCUAGUUGCCCAAAUGCCAAUCGUACCAAGGAUCCAUGUACUGCGAACCCAUACAGAAAAGCCUGGGCACAGAAGCAAUGCAGCAUCAUUACCAGUGAAGUGUUUGCAAAGUGUCACUCCCAGGUUGAACCAAAUGAAUAUUAUCAAGCAUGUGUGGAUGAUGCUUGUGCCUGUGACACUGGAGGAGACUGCGAAUGUUUCUGUACAGCAGUAGCUGCCUAUGCUCAAGCAUGCAAUGAGCUGGACAUCUGCAUUUCAUGGAGAACCCCAUCUAUUUGUCCUCUGUUCUGUGAUUACUACAAUCCACAAGGGGAAUGUGAGUGGCACUACAAGCCAUGUGGAGCCCCUUGUAUGAAGACCUGCAAUAAUCCAAGCGGGAACUGUCUUCAUGAGUUGAGGGGUUUGGAAGGCUGCUACCCACACUGUCCAAAGAAUAAGCCCUAUUUUGAUGAAGAAACCAUGACUUGUGUUUCUAAUUGUGGUUGUUAUGACAACGGAAAAAAUUACAAACCAGGAAUGCAGAUGCCUUCAGAGCAGAACUGUCAAUCAUGUGAAUGCACAAAGAAUGGAAAAAAAUGCAAAUAUGAUGAAUAUGAAUGUGUGUGCAUUUAUGAGGGACAGAAAUACAACUAUAAAGAUGUGAUCUACAAUACUACAGAUGGCACAGGAGGGUGCAUUGUCGCAAUCUGUGGUCCCAAUGGAACACUUCAAAGGGUUGUCUAUGAAUGUCCAAUCUCAACAUCACCCACAACAGCAACCACGUUUCAUUUCAGCACUACGCCACCUGCCACUACUUCCACAGUGUCACCAACUACAUCAGUAUGUGUUCGUGAAGUCUGUGAGUGGUCAGAAUGGUAUGAUGGGAGUCUGCAAACCCCUGGCUACGAUGGUGGAGAUUUUGAAACCUUUGAUGAUUUGAGAGCUAAAGGUUAUGCAGUCUGUAAAGCUCCACGGGCUGUUCAAUGCAGAGCAGAGAAAUUUCCUGAUAUACCACUGAAGGACCUUGGCCAAAAAGUAGAAUGCAGUACAACAGCUGGGCUUAUAUGUUACAACAGAGAUCAAAUUUCAACACUGUGCAACAAUUAUGAAAUCAGAAUUUUAUGCUGUGUUUUUGUACCAUGCUCUUCCACAACACAUUUCAGUACAUCAAUACCGACCACAACAGCAGCUAAGAGCACAGAAACAUCAAGUCAAACUGAAGAAACUACAUCGUUUUCAACUACUAUAUCACCAGUUACUACAACUUACAAAACGACAAUAGUCACACCUUCAUCCACUCAUGAAACAACCACUAGCACAACAGAAAUGACACCUCCUGUCACAACUUCUCCUUCAACUCCUCUUUGCAUUAAAGAAGAAUGUUACUGGUCAAGGUGGUAUGAUGUAAGUUAUCCAGGCUCUGGAUACAAUGAUGGAGAUUUCGAUACAAUUCAGAACAUUGAAAAUAACGGAUACAAAGUCUGUGAUAAGAGAAAGGCUGUAGAAUGCAGAGCAGUAAGAUUCCCAAAUACACCAUAUCCCCUACUGGAGCAACACAUAACAUGUAAUACAGAAGAAGGAUUGAUAUGCUACAAUAAAGACCAAUUACCACCUAUUUGCUAUAACUAUGAAAUAAGAUUUCAAUGCUGUAGAAACAUAACAGCACCAUGCCACACAACAACAGCACCCCAUACAACUACAGAAGAAACAAAAACAACCCGAAUUUUCUCUACAACUCUAAGUACAUCAUCCACGGAAGUAACAUCAACACCUGGCUUACAAACAAAGCAUGAGACAACUACAGAAUCAACAACUCCACCAAAAACAGACUAUAUACAAAGCAGAAUUACAUCACAAUCAACAACACACAAACAAAAAGAAAUAACGACCACAACAUUCUCAAGCCCCACGACGACACCUCCCUCAUCCUACCCCGUUGAGAGCUACACCACCACCACCACCACAUCCACUACCACCUGUGAACCCGAAGUGUGCGCCUGGAGUGAAUGGUUCGACGUCGACUUCCCCUCCUCGGGGCCCAACCAGGGAGACUUUGAAACCUACCAGCACAUCCGGGCCGCCGGCAAGCAAGUCUGCCAACAUCCAAAGGAAAUCGAGUGCCAGGCGGAGGACUACCCCGACGUCGCCAUCCAACAGGUCGGGCAGGUCGUGCAGUGCGACGUCCACUUUGGACUGGUGUGCAAGAACGAAGAGCAGACUGGCAAAUUUAAGAUGUGCCUCAACUACAAGAUCCGCGUCCUCUGCUGCACACCUAACUACAAUUGCCACACCGCCACAUCCUUGCCCACCACCAGACCCACCGUCACCACCGUCCACGGGUCAGCCACCACCACCCCAACCUCCACCACUGUAACCACCUCCACCUCCACCACGCAGCCCACCUCCUCUGAAACCACAGCGCAAACCUCCACCACCACCAUCACCCCCACUACGACACCUCCCCCAUCCUACCCCGUUGAGAGCUACACCACCACCACCACCACAUCCACUACCACCUGUGAACCCGAAGUGUGCGCCUGGAGUGAAUGGUUCGACGUCGACUUCCCCUCCUCGGGGCCCAACCAGGGAGACUUUGAAACCUACCAGCACAUCCGGGCCGCCGGCAAGCAAGUCUGCCAACAUCCAAAGGAAAUCGAGUGCCAGGCGGAGGACUACCCCGACGUCGCCAUCCAACAGGUCGGGCAGGUCGUGCAGUGCGACGUCCACUUUGGACUGGUGUGCAAGAACGAAGAGCAGACUGGCAAAUUUAAGAUGUGCCUCAACUACAAGAUCCGCGUCCUCUGCUGCACACCUAACUACAAUUGCCACACCGCCACAUCCUUGCCCACCACCAGACCCACCGUCACCCCCUUCCGCGGGUCAGCCACCACCACCCCAACCUCCACCACUGUAACCACCUCCACCUCCACCACGCAGCCCACCUCCUCUGAAACCACAGCGCAAACCUCCACCACCACCAUCACCCCCACUACGACACCUCCCCCAUCCUACCCCGUUGAGAGCUACACCACCACCACCACCACAUCCACUACCACCUGUGAACCCGAAGUGUGCGCCUGGAGUGAAUGGUUCGACGUCGACUUCCCCUCCUCGGGGCCCAACCAGGGAGACUUUGAAACCUACCAGCACAUCCGGGCCGCCGGCAAGCAAGUCUGCCAACAUCCAAAGGAAAUCGAGUGCCAGGCGGAGGACUACCCCGACGUCGCCAUCCAACAGGUCGGGCAGGUCGUGCAGUGCGACGUCCACUUUGGACUGGUGUGCAAGAACGAAGAGCAGACUGGCAAAUUUAAGAUGUGCCUCAACUACAAGAUCCGCGUCCUCUGCUGCACACCUAACUACAAUUGCCACACCGCCACAUCCUUGCCCACCACCAGACCCACCGUCACCCCCUUCCGCGGGUCAGCCACCACCACCCCAACCUCCACCACUGUAACCACCUCCACCUCCACCACGCAGCCCACCUCCUCUGAAACCACAGCGCAAACCUCCACCACCACCAUCACCCCCACUACGACACCUCCCCCAUCCUACCCCGUUGAGAGCUACACCACCACCACCACCACAUCCACUACCACCUGUGAACCCGAAGUGUGCGCCUGGAGUGAAUGGUUCGACGUCGACUUCCCCUCCUCGGGGCCCAACCAGGGAGACUUUGAAACCUACCAGCACAUCCGGGCCGCCGGCAAGCAAGUCUGCCAACAUCCAAAGGAAAUCGAGUGCCAGGCGGAGGACUACCCCGACGUCGCCAUCCAACAGGUCGGGCAGGUCGUGCAGUGCGACGUCCACUUUGGACUGGUGUGCAAGAACGAAGAGCAGACUGGCAAAUUUAAGAUGUGCCUCAACUACAAGAUCCGCGUCCUCUGCUGCACACCUAACUACAAUUGCCACACCGCCACAUCCUUGCCCACCACCAGACCCACCGUCACCCCCUUCCGCGGGUCAGCCACCACCACCCCAACCUCCACCACUGUAACCACCUCCACCUCCACCACGCAGCCCACCUCCUCUGAAACCACAGCGCAAACCUCCACCACCACCAUCACCCCCACUACGACACCUCCCCCAUCCUACCCCGUUGAGAGCUACACCACCACCACCACCACAUCCACUACCACCUGUGAACCCGAAGUGUGCGCCUGGAGUGAAUGGUUCGACGUCGACUUCCCCUCCUCGGGGCCCAACCAGGGAGACUUUGAAACCUACCAGCACAUCCGGGCCGCCGGCAAGCAAGUCUGCCAACAUCCAAAGGAAAUCGAGUGCCAGGCGGAGGACUACCCCGACGUCGCCAUCCAACAGGUCGGGCAGGUCGUGCAGUGCGACGUCCACUUUGGACUGGUGUGCAAGAACGAAGAGCAGACUGGCAAAUUUAAGAUGUGCCUCAACUACAAGAUCCGCGUCCUCUGCUGCACACCUAACUACAAUUGCCACACCGCCACAUCCUUGCCCACCACCAGACCCACCGUCACCCCCUUCCGCGGGUCAGCCACCACCACCCCAACCUCCACCACUGUAACCACCUCCACCUCCACCACGCAGCCCACCUCCUCUGAAACCACAGCGCAAACCUCCACCACCACCAUCACCCCCACUACGACACCUCCCCCAUCCUACCCCGUUGAGAGCUACACCACCACCACCACCACAUCCACUACCACCUGUGAACCCGAAGUGUGCGCCUGGAGUGAAUGGUUCGACGUCGACUUCCCCUCCUCGGGGCCCAACCAGGGAGACUUUGAAACCUACCAGCACAUCCGGGCCGCCGGCAAGCAAGUCUGCCAACAUCCAAAGGAAAUCGAGUGCCAGGCGGAGGACUACCCCGACGUCGCCAUCCAACAGGUCGGGCAGGUCGUGCAGUGCGACGUCCACUUUGGACUGGUGUGCAAGAACGAAGAGCAGACUGGCAAAUUUAAGAUGUGCCUCAACUACAAGAUCCGCGUCCUCUGCUGCACACCUAACUACAAUUGCCACACCGCCACAUCCUUGCCCACCACCAGACCCACCGUCACCCCCUUCCGCGGGUCAGCCACCACCACCCCAACCUCCACCACUGUAACCACCUCCACCUCCACCACGCAGCCCACCUCCUCUGAAACCACAGCGCAAACCUCCACCACCACCAUCACCCCCACUACGACACCUCCCCCAUCCUACCCCGUUGAGAGCUACACCACCACCACCACCACAUCCACUACCACCUGUGAACCCGAAGUGUGCGCCUGGAGUGAAUGGUUCGACGUCGACUUCCCCUCCUCGGGGCCCAACCAGGGAGACUUUGAAACCUACCAGCACAUCCGGGCCGCCGGCAAGCAAGUCUGCCAACAUCCAAAGGAAAUCGAGUGCCAGGCGGAGGACUACCCCGACGUCGCCAUCCAACAGGUCGGGCAGGUCGUGCAGUGCGACGUCCACUUUGGACUGGUGUGCAAGAACGAAGAGCAGACUGGCAAAUUUAAGAUGUGCCUCAACUACAAGAUCCGCGUCCUCUGCUGCACACCUAACUACAAUUGCCACACCGCCACAUCCUUGCCCACCACCAGACCCACCGUCACCCCCUUCCGCGGGUCAGCCACCACCACCCCAACCUCCACCACUGUAACCACCUCCACCUCCACCACGCAGCCCACCUCCUCUGAAACCACAGCGCAAACCUCCACCACCACCAUCACCCCCACUACGACACCUCCCCCAUCCUACCCCGUUGAGAGCUACACCAACACCACCACCACAUCCACUACCACCUGUGAACCCGAAGUGUGCUCCUGGAGUGAAUGGUUCGACGUCGACUUCCCCUCCUCGGGGCCCAACCAGGGAGACUUUGAAACCUACCAGCACAUCCGGGCCGCCGGCAAGCAAGUCUGCCAACAUCCAAAGGAAAUCGAGUGCCAGGCGGAGGACUACCCCGACGUCGCCAUCCAACAGGUCGGGCAGGUCGUGCAGUGCGACGUCCACUUUGGACUGGUGUGCAAGAACGAAGAGCAGACUGGCAAAUUUAAGAUGUGCCUCAACUACAAGAUCCGCGUCCUCUGCUGCACACCUAACUACAAUUGCCACACCGCCACAUCCUUGCCCACCACCAGACCCACCGUCACCCCCUUCCGCGGGUCAGCCACCACCACCCCAACCUCCACCACUGUAACCACCUCCACCUCCACCACGCAGCCCACCUCCUCUGAAACCACAGCGCAAACCUCCACCACCACCAUCACCCCCACUACGACACCUCCCCCAUCCUACCCCGUUGAGAGCUACACCACCACCACAUCCACUACCACCUGUGAACCCGAAGUGUGCGCCUGGAGUGAAUGGUUCGACGUCGACUUCCCCUCCUCGGGGCCCAACCAGGGAGACUUUGAAACCUACCAGCACAUCCGGGCCGCCGGCAAGCAAGUCUGCCAACAUCCAAAGGAAAUCGAGUGCCAGGCGGAGGACUACCCCGACGUCGCCAUCCAACAGGUCGGGCAGGUCGUGCAGUGCGACGUCCACUUUGGACUGGUGUGCAAGAACGAAGAGCAGACUGGCAAAUUUAAGAUGUGCCUCAACUACAAGAUCCGCGUCCUCUGCUGCACACCUAACUACAAUUGCCACACCACCACAUCCUUGCCCACCACCAACCUUACCACUACUACCACACCUACAGUAUGCUGCACCACCACUUCUUCUACCCCUGUCUUAACACCUUGUUUCUGCAGAAUUGGGGAUGAUAUUUUUUCACCUGGUGACUUGAUUUACAACAGAAUGGAUAGUGAUGGAUGUAGAUUUUAUGCCAUCUGUAGUCCAACAUGUACAGUUGAACGACACACUGCAUAUUGUAACAUCACUACUCCUCUAACCACUAGUUCCCCUGAAUGGUCCACCACAACAACCUCAGUGCCUGUUCCUACCACUUCUCAAAGAAUUCCAUUUCCUGGUUGUGUAUCUUCUACUUACCCUCCCCUACAAAUUGGACAAAGAUACAAACUAACCAACUGUACAGAACUCAUCUGUAAGGGAGACAACAAGGUAGAAGUAAUUCCAACGCACUGCCCACCUGUAAAGGAAAUCACUUGUGCAAACAAAUACCCGGCAAUACUGGUACCUGAUGAAAACGGCUGCUGUUACCAUUAUGAGUGUCAAUGUGUGUGCAGUGGAUGGGGUGAUCCUCAUUAUAUUACUUUUGAUGGAACCUACUAUACUUUCCUUGAAAACUGCACUUACGUUCUGGUGAAACAGAUUGUACCGAAAUAUGACAACUUCCGUGUUUACAUUGACAAUUAUUACUGCGAUGCAAAAGAUGGACUUUCCUGCCCUAAAUCCAUUAUUAUUUUCUACAAAUCCGCAGAAGUGGUGCUGACCCGUCAACUCAUGAAUGGUGUUAUGACCAAUGUGAUGUAUUUCAACAAAAAGAUUGUCAAACCAGGCUUCAAAAAAGAUGGCAUUUCUUUCUCCACACUUGGCAUCAACAUGAUUGUUGAAAUACCAGAGAUUGGUGCAACCAUCACCUUUAGUGGGCUGAUUUUCUCCGUGAAACUCCCAUACAGCAAAUUUGGCAACAACACCGAAGGACAGUGUGGAACAUGUACGAAUAACAAAUUAGAUGAAUGCCGCUUACCAAGUGGUAAGAUCAUUUCUUCCUGUCCCCAAAUGGCUCAUCACUGGAUUGUUGAUAACAACAAGUCAUGCCAUGGAGUACCAGUACCACCAGUUGUAACAACACCUUCACCAAAGCCUCACUGUGAAACACCUCAACUCUGCAAGCUUAUCUGGAGCGAGAUUUUUGCAGAAUGCCAUGCCGUGAUACCACCAGAACCAUUUUUCAAAGGCUGUGUUUUUGAUGGGUGUCGCAUAGCUGAUGAAUCUAUGCAGUGUUCCAGUUUGGAGAUAUAUGCUACAGAGUGUGCUUCCAGAGGUGUCUGCAUUGACUGGAGAGGAAAGACCAACAAUACAUGCCCGUACAACUGUGCAGCAAACAUGGUAUACAAACCAUGUGGGCCUAUUAAUCCUGCUUCCUGUGACCCAAGCUUUGUUGAGCUUCCUGGCUAUGGAGUAACUGAAGGAUGUUUCUGUCCUGAAGGAAAGACACUCAUGAGUGGAAACAGCAACAUUUGUGUUUCUGAAUGCUCUUGUAGGGAACCAAAUGGACUGUCCAGAUCGCCAGGAGAAAAAUGGACAAGAGACUGCCAGGAAUGUGUCUGUGACAAAAACACUCUUAAAGUGCACUGUACAAAACACAAAUGUUCUUUGACACAGCAACUAUUUUGUGACGAACCAGGUUACAUGCCUGUUCAGAUACAGAUACCAGAAGAUCCAUGCUGUACCAGGACUGAGUGCUACUGCAACACUAGCCUCUGCCCUGAGGUCACACCCCAGUGCUUAGAAGGACAGGAAGUAGUCACAACAAUGCAGCCUGGCAAAUGCUGUCCUACCUUUGAAUGCAGACGUGGCUGUGUAGUCAAUGAAACCUACUAUGCACCUGGAGGUGUCGUUCCAUCAGGCCCCUGUGAAGAAUGCACCUGCUCUGAAUCCUUUUACCCAAGCCCUCAUCACACCACUGUCAAGUGCAAGCCUGUUAUUUGUGACACAUACUGCCCAGUGGGUUAUAAGUAUACAAAGAUACCUGGACAGUGCUGCGGCACGUGCAAGGCAGCGGCGUGUAUAGUAACCGUGGGAGACAACAUUACACGCAUGAUCCAAGUUGGAGAAUACUGGAACCCACCUGGUGAUAACUGUACAACUUACACAUGUGAAAAAUAUGACGACCAGUUCAUUCAAGUCAUCUUUCAGAAAAGAUGUCCUGACUUUGACCCUGACAACUGUGAUCCAGAUGACAUCAUACUAUCUGACGAUGGCUGCUGUAAAAAGUGCCAAGGAAAUCUGAAGAGUUGCAAGAAGCACAAUACUACUACUGUCAUCAAAUAUCGUGGAUGUGUAUCUCCUGCACCUGUUGAGAUGACAUACUGUGAAGGCAGCUGUGAUGCUUCCUCACGAUAUUCUCCAGAGGCAAACGCGAUGGAACAUAAAUGCUCAUGUUGUCAGGAAAUCAAGACCAGUCAAAGAAAGGUCACUCUGACAUGCAGUGAUGGAACCUACCUUGAUCACUCAUACACCUAUGUGGAGAAAUGCAGCUGUGUUAACACUGAGUGCAUUCCCCAAGACAGCAGCCAACAGGCAACAAACCAGAUAAAGGCCUCUCAGGAACAAGUGAAUGUCAAAAAUUAGAACUAGAGACAAGUCGUCAAACAAUGGUUGAAAAUAAGACUAAAAAAAACUUUAAAAAAUACACAAGUGUCAAAAGCAGCUAAAAUUUUUGAUGAACAGAUGAUAUUUUUGUGUACAAACUCAAUAUGUCUGACUACACUAUUUCAUUUUUCAUUACCAAUAUAUCUCCUGUUGUUUUUCAUGGUUUUUUCUUUUAUACCUUGAGAGGUACAGCACAAGGUCACUUUGACAUUUUCUGUUUGCUUGUCUUUUGAGAAGUGCUGUACCCUAAGACUGAGAGUUGGAUUUACACUUGCACAAAGUCUAUUAUGAGAACAACAUUCUUUUCUAGCUUGAAGCUUGCCUGGGGUGGCAUAAUAUAGAAGCUUGACAAUAUCUAAUAUUUCCAUUCAUGUAGACUGACCUUUUUUAUAACAUUUUCAUUCCAAUUGAUUGAGACAAAUCAAAAGCUAAAGUCCAAGAAAGAAGCAAACAAAAGCCAAGGAAAACUAUACCUGUCUGCUUCUUUUCUUUUUUUUUUUUUGCAUUAAGGAAAUCUUAGACUCCAAAAAGCCAUACCUUCUCAAAACUAUAAACUUCAAUAUUUUGAAUAAUUUAUAAUGGGCAUAUUUUCCUAUAUGUGAGAAAAAUAAAGUAAUCCUAUAAUGAGAAGCUGCUGCACACUACUCUUUGUUUACAUAACACCAUCAUCAUAUGAAUCUAUGGAUUUUUUUUUGUUUGUGGUUAACUGUUUACAGAAGAAGUAUAUAUAUAUAAUGUUAUAUUUUUUUUUGCCAAUGGGGGCAUAUGAAGGAUUUUUGUAAACACAAGAUAAUAAUAAUAAUAGUAAUUAAUAAUAAUAUAUGUAAACUCUUUCCUAGAGAGCUUUUAAAAGUUGAACUAUUGCUAUUUAUUUUGUUUUUGGAAAAUUGAUUUAUUGGGUCAUUUCUUUCAGAAUUAAUGUUAUUUCAUUUCUUAGUCAUAGUCAUGCUAUCUGGGUGUGGUAUAUUUCCUUCUAUUUUGUUUUGGAAUAUUGUUUUAUUUUUGUUCUUUAUGGAAAAAAGUAAUGAUGAUUAAUAAAUUUUAAGCAUUUUA